AUGACGAUGAUGUUAAGAAGUGCGUCGAGAAGACAACGCGCCGCUUCUCAUUCGUCGUCCUCCGAGUUGUUCUUUUCUCUGGUGAAGAAGAGUUCUUCGUUCACGACGACGGGUUUAAGAGGUGAUGGGUAUUACGAUGAUGAUGAUGAGAAGAAGAGCGUCAAUACCUAUUACCCGAUGAUGACGAGAAAAGAGAACAACAUUAACAACAACAUUAACGACGCGAGGAGACAGAGGAAACAGAGGAUGUUUUCCUCCUCGUCAGCGUCGACGUCUUCUUCUUCUCCUAAUACUAAUAAUAAAGUCGACGAUAUCCUCAAGCAGUUCUUGUCUUUAACCGCCGAGGAGAAACGAGACGUGUUUCAAAGUCUGUUCGGAAAAGGAGGAGAAGAGAGGAAAAUUUUAGCCGAGAAGGAAGAGAAGUUAUUCGCGGCGUUCGAUAGCGACGGGGAUAAAAUGUUAACGCCGCAAGAGUUUCAAAACUUUCACCGGGCAUUUUUGUGGCGACAUUUACAGCAGGAGCCGGAAGUAGGAAACGAGGACGGAGAGCAGAGGAGUAGCGGGAGUAGCGGGAGUAGUAAAGACAUUACCUACGCGCAGCUUAAAUCGGUGGCGCUUUCGCAGAUGUACCCGUUCAUCGGGUUUGGUUUUUUAGAUAACGCUUUGAUGCUUGCGUUUGGAGAAACUAUUGAAUCAUCGGUAGGACUGUCGUUGGGUUUAUCAACGAUGGCGGCCGCGGCGAUUGGAAACACGUUGUCCGACGUCUGCGGCGUCGGGUUGGCGAAUAAGAUUGAGUAUUGGUGCGCAAAGUUUGGAUUGACGGAAGAGGUGACGAUGACGGCGGGCCAGGCGAAAGAGAUGCGGGUGGUGGUGGCGAGAUUAGGCGGGGCGAUGACGGGAGUAACCAUAGGAUGCAUCUUCGGAUCGUUCCCGCUCUUGCUUCAUUAG